GCGACAGCGCUGUACACAGACACCGGCAAAGAUGGAGUUCGCCUGCAGUCAUGUUGUGUGUAAGUGGAGGCCUGAUGGAGCAGCACCCACAGGUGUUUCUCUCACCGAGCACCUGUAUGAUAACACAGCGACCUGUUAAGCAGCAAGACGUUCCUCCGCCGCUGCCUCCUCGUCGUCAUCUCAUAAAACCUCGGCCCACUUCUCUGCCCCUCCCCCCUCCUCCCUCCUCUCAGCCUCCCCUCGCUCCUCUCUCCCUCCCCCCUCCCGUCCCCCCCAGAGUCGUCAAGGGAGGAGAAAGCAGGCUGAGAGCCAACGUCAACGUCGUGUCGCUCAGUAUUGGAAAACUGGUCGACAUCAGCCAAGCCUCAGGCCUGGAGAGUUUUCAGAGCCCAGUGGUUUGUGGGAAAUGUAGUGCCGCCUUAUCAUGUCUGAGUUCUAUACAGAGGAAGGUGUGGGUGUGUGAGUUCUGUGGAUGUGAGAACGGCGUAAACGACAGUGUGAAGAGUGUGUGUGUCGGUCAGCGUGCAGGUGUACACAGUGACGACCUUUACCUGCCGAACCACAGCGACGAUGACUACCAGAACUUGGAAGACACACUGGUGGUGUUCUGCGUGGACAUUUCUGGCAGCAUGAGUGUCACUACAGAGGUUACAUCAAGCUGUGGAUCUCCAACGUACAUAUCCAGACUAGAGGGAAUGAAGGAUGCCCUCCAGAGGGCGUUAUCCUCCCUGCUGCUGGAGUCCCCCCGCAAGAGGGUGGCACUGGUCACCUUCAGCGAUGAGGUUGUAAUAUACGGUGACGGUGCUAGCACUCCUCUCACUCUCAGGGAUUGGGCGUUGGUUGACUACGACCAUAUAUGGCAACAAGGUGUGGCUUAUAGUAUCCCGCACUGUAUUGCCGAGACGUACGAGCAACUAGUACAGAGGGUCAGAGACCUGAGGGAAGAUGGGGCUACGUGUCUCGGCGCUGCGGCGUUAGCGUCAGUCGCCAUGGCGUCAAGGUACGCCGGGUCAAAGGUGAUUUUGUGUACUGACGGCAGAGCCAACAUCGGACUGGGUGAGAUGGAGCACACUCCCUCUCUGUCCUCCUCCCCCCUCACUCCUUAUUUCUACAGACAGCUGGCUCUGCAGGCUGUGGGGAGUGGAGUAAUAAUAUCAGUAAUGACUUUUGAAGGGACAGACUGUCGCUUGGCAGACGUUGGGAGAUUUGCAGACACAACUGGAGGAAGGGUGAACAUCGUGAGCAUCGGCACCGUUGCAACAGAGAUCCAUUCAGCCUCGAUGGACAACAUCCUUGCGACAGGAGUUACGGCAACCCUGCUCGCUCCUGAAGGAGUGUAUUUUCCCUAUGAGGAUGAAAACAAUCACAAACUGGUGAGGGAGAUCGGGAGUGUGACCAAGGGGCUGGAGAUCACGUUCCAGUUUGCAGUAAAACCAGAGUUUGUGGAAGUUUUCCUCCAGAAGGACACACUUCCAUUCCAACUCCAGCUGAGCUUCAAGACCAGGGAGCAAGAAAAAGUCACUCGUGUUAUCACUCAACAGCGGCCGGUCACUUCCUGCAGUGAGAUUCGGGCUGGUAGCCUCAACAUGGCGGUGCUCGCCGUUCACUGCGCUCAACUCUGUGGCAGUUUAACCAUCGAGGGUCGAGUGCAGGAAGCACAGAGGCAAUUAAAAGCCCAACAAGACCUGCACAAACAAAUCAGUAAACAGAGGCCAAUCCAAAAAGAAGACAGUAUCUAUGGCAACUGGAUGGACACCAUGACAACAAUCUGUGACGACAUCAUCACGGAAUCACAGACUCUCUCUGAUGAAGCAGCUAAAGUAAUGUACCAGAUGAAGAGAGCCAGCAGUGUCGGUAACAACAACAACAACAACAGCGGCAACACAAUCGAGAUCCAGAAGAAGACGAGGAGGAAGAAAACGGCUCUGAUGGAACCAAUGUAAAUAAAUAUGGAGACUUGAUUUCACAUUUAGGCUCUAUAGACUGUGUAUAAGAAGUCGCCGUGACUUCACUACCGCUUUGAUACCUCAAGUUUGGCAUUUUGAGCGUCGUUGUCUUGGUUGUUGGCAGUCGCCAUCUUGUUUUUUUUGGAACCAGGACACGAGACGGUGGAACGAAGCACAACCGAACGCUGAACAAGACGUUUUUAGGCGACCAAAAUGUUACAAUUUUCAUGAACUGAAAACACAAACUGUGAAAGGGUUAAAGUUCCUAACACCCAAACCAGACAACAACGUGGUAUCGACGAUUACAAGGUAGCCCCCCCCCUUUAGCAUACGCUGCUUUAUCAUCUUUUUUACUCUAAAUUAUUUAUUAAAUGAACAUUAUGCUGUGUUGAAGAAGACUUGAAACUAGAGAUUGAGAAUAUAAACUCAUUAGGGAAAUGUUUACAAAGGUAAUAAAUAAAGUGAGUGUAAUAUUCUCAUAGACUUCUAUACAAUUAUACUUAUUUUUGCAGCCAGUGGAGUCGCGGCCAUCUGAAAGAAUGCAGGUUUAAGGCACUUCUGCAUUGGCUUAAUUUCCCCUUGGUUGGCUCACAACUGAAGGAAAUUGUUUGUCCGUUCACUUUCCCUUUAAAAUGUUUAUGCAUAUCUGGUAAAAGUAAAAAUAAAUGUGUUAACCAUAAAUAA